UCGUUCAUUUUAAAAUCGAGAAGGGACUAUCUGGUGACUGUUUAUUCGGACCUUCAGCGCCUUCUUCGCGUCUGACAACCUUGCUGUUCUUUCACUUAGGCCACUCCUCCUUCACUUGGGUCACAGACUGCAGCUCGAAAGCAAAAUGGCCAAGGAAAAGCGAGAGAAGACUCGUAAGUCAGCCAUCAAUGAAGUUGUAACACGGGAUUAUACUGUCAAUCUGCACAAACGGAUUCAUGGUAUCAGUUUUAAGAGACGUGCUCCAAGGGCCAUCAAGGAAAUCCGCAAAUUCGCUGAACAGGCAAUGGGUACCCCCGAUGUUCGCAUUGAAACAAGGCUAAACAAACACAUCUGGUCCCAGGGUGUUAGGAGUGUUCCAUUCAGAGUUCGUGUUCGUCUGUCUCGCCGCCGUAAUGAGGAUGAAGAUUCACCGCAUAAGCUUUACACUUUGGUCUCCUUCAUCCCUGUUGCAACCUUCAAGGGGCUUCAAACUGAAAACCAAGAAGUUUCUGAAGAUUAAACAUCCAAUGGCCUGAUUCGUUGUAUGACAAAUGGAAUACAAUGUGUUGUGGUUAA